CGGUGGCCGCCGCGGGUGCAACCACAAAGGCUAAUCCGAAAGAGUGGGGAGGCUCGCGGAGUCGAUGCUUCCUCUUCCAAUACAGGUCGGCUCCCGCUACCUCCUCCCCGUCCGCCACUGCCGACUCCCCGAGCGUGUGCAUGAGCUCUUUGGUGUGGGGAAGCUCCGGUGACCAUGUAGGGGGAAAGAGCGAGGAAGCUCCAGGUGCCCGGGACGAGGUCAGCGCCUUGGGCACGCCUCCGCGGCGCCCAGCACACUCCCGGUGCGGGCCGGCGGGCCGCUCGGCCCUGCUGGGAAGCCGGGCCUCCGCCUGUGGCCUGGCCCGGAGCGCAGCGAAAUCUCGCGCCGUCUCGCGAGAGGCGAAGUUGCAGGAACAUGGCGACGUCUAAUCUGUUAAAGAAUAAAGGUUCACUUCAAUUUGAAGACAAAUGGGAUUUCAUGCGCCCGAUUGUUUUGAAGCUUUUACGCCAGGAAUCUGUUACAAAACAGCAGUGGUUUGAUCUGUUUUCGGAUGUGCAUGCGGUCUGUCUCUGGGAUGAUAAAGGUCCAGCAAAAAUUCAUCAGGCUUUAAAAGAAGAUAUUCUUGAGUUUAUCAAGCAAGCACAGGCACGAGUGCUGAGCCAUCAAGAUGAUACAGCUUUGCUAAAGGCAUACAUUGUUGAAUGGCGAAAAUUCUUUACACAGUGCGAUAUUUUACCGAAGCCUUUUUGUCAGCUGGAGAUUACUUUAAUGGGUAAACAGGGCAGCAAUAAAAAAUCAACUGUAGAAGACAGUAUUGUUCGAAAACUCAUGCUUGAUACAUGGAAUGAGUCCAUUUUUUCAAAUAUAAAAAACAGACUCCAAGAUAGUGCAAUGAAGCUGGUACAUGCAGAAAGAUUAGGAGAAGCUUUUGAUUCUCAGCUGGUCAUUGGAGUAAGAGAAUCCUAUGUUAACCUUUGUUCUAAUCCUGAGGAUAAGCUUCAAAUUUAUAGGGACAAUUUUGAGAAGGCAUACUUGGAUUCAACAGAGAGAUUUUAUAGAACACAGGCACCCUCGUAUUUACAACAAAAUGGUGUACAGAAUUAUAUGAAAUAUGCAGAUGCUAAAUUAAAGGAAGAGGAAAAGCGAGCACUACGUUAUUUAGAAACCAGACGGGAGUGUAACUCUGUUGAAGCACUCAUGGAAUGCUGUGUAAAUGCCCUGGUGACAUCCUUUAAGGAGACUAUCUUAGCAGAGUGCCAAGGCAUGAUCAAGCGAAAUGAAACUGAAAAAUUACAUUUGAUGUUUUCGCUGAUGGACAAAGUUCCCAAUGGGAUAGAGCCCAUGUUGAAGGACUUGGAGGAACAUAUUGUGAGUGCCGGCCUGGCAGAUAUGGUAGCGGCUGCUGAAACUAUUACUACCGAUUCUGAGAAAUACGUUGAACAGUUACUUACAUUAUUUAAUAGAUUUAGUAAACUCGUCAAAGAAGCUUUUCAAGAUGAUCCGCGAUUUCUUACUGCAAGAGAUAAGGCAUAUAAAGCAGUUGUUAAUGAUGCUACCAUAUUUAAACUUGAAUUACCUUUGAAGCAGAAAGGGGUGGGAUUAAAAACUCAGCCUGAAUCAAAAUGCCCCGAGUUGCUUGCCAAUUACUGUGACAUGUUGCUAAGAAAAACACCGUUAAGCAAAAAACUAACCUCCGAAGAGAUUGAAGCAAAACUUAAAGAAGUGCUGCUGGUACUUAAAUAUGUACAAAAUAAAGAUGUUUUUAUGAGAUACCACAAAGCUCAUUUGACACGACGUCUUAUAUUAGACAUUUCUGCUGAUAGUGAAAUUGAAGAGAAUAUGGUAGAGUGGCUACGAGAAGUUGGUAUGCCAGCAGAUUAUGUAAACAAGCUUGCUAGAAUGUUUCAGGACAUAAAAGUAUCUGAAGAUUUGAACCAAGCUUUUAAGGAAAUGCACAAAAACAAUAAAUUGGCUUUACCAGCUGAUUCAGUUAAUAUAAAAAUUCUGAAUGCUGGGGCCUGGUCAAGGAGCUCUGAGAAAGUCUUCGUCUCCCUUCCUACUGAACUGGAGGAUUUGAUACCUGAAGUAGAAGAAUUCUACAAAAAAAAUCACAGUGGUCGAAAAUUACAUUGGCAUCAUCUCAUGUCAAAUGGAAUUAUAACAUUUAAGAAUGAAGUAGGUCAAUAUGAUUUGGAGGUCACAACGUUUCAACUGGCUGUGUUGUUUGCAUGGAACCAAAGACCCAGAGAGAAAAUCAGCUUUGAAAAUCUAAAACUUGCAACUGAACUCCCUGAUGCUGAGCUUAGAAGGACUUUAUGGUCUUUAGUAGCUUUCCCAAAGCUCAAGCGGCAAGUUCUAUUAUAUGAACCUCAAGUCAACUCACCCAAAGACUUCACGGAAGGCACCCUCUUCUCAGUGAACCAGGAGUUCAGUUUAAUAAAAAAUGCUAAAGUUCAGAAAAGGGGUAAAAUCAACUUGAUUGGACGCUUGCAGCUCACAACAGAAAGGAUGAGAGAAGAAGAGAAUGAAGGAAUAGUUCAACUAAGAAUACUUAGAACCCAGGAAGCUAUCAUACAAAUAAUGAAGAUGAGAAAGAAAAUUAGUAACGCUCAGCUGCAGACUGAAUUAGUAGAAAUUUUGAAAAACAUGUUUUUGCCACAAAAGAAAAUGAUAAAAGAGCAAAUAGAGUGGCUAAUAGAGCACAAAUACAUCCGAAGAGACGAGUCCGACAUCAACACUUUCAUAUACAUGGCGUAAUCUUGAAUAUCGUGGACAACAUUAAGAACCCAAAUUUCAGAGUGCUUGGGCAGAAAGUUAUAACAGUUUGUGCUGGAGGAAGGUUUAUUUGGACUUUGAUUACAUAAAUAUUAAAAUCUCUGCCUUACCUGACAAAACAACUCUAUUUUGCCAAUCACAUUAGCUAGCAUGAUGGCAUCCCCUUCAUGUUGCACACUCUGUAACAGCAUGCUGUUUUGUAGAGAAGCUUGCAUUCAUGAAGAGCCCCCGAUGAACUUGUAAAAGUAAACUUGAUUUCUAUCCACCGGAAGAAAUAGUUGGGAAGGGUGAGGGCGGGGUUCUUGUUGCUUUUCUUUUUCCCCCUCUUUUUUUUUUCCCUCUCUUACAAAAAUGUACUUGUGCAAGGAAGGAUCUUCAGAUAUUCGUGCACUGAAUAAUGCUGUUAUGUUUUGUUUUUUAAAAUGCAAUUAAAACUAGAAAUAGCA